AUGAUGAGUAAUGAUGAACCUGACAAAAAACAUCGCAGCAGUACUGUGAAAAUGAACGCUCGGGAACAGGAAGAAAACACCCGACGCCGCCGAGUCAGGUGUUCGGACGAAAAGUUGUUGUCGUCAUCGUCGUCAUCGUCGUGGUGGUCCCAAAAGUCCGGUGCAGGUGUCAGCGGGCAAUCGUCGCCGAGGACGUCAGAUCCACUUCCGGCGACAGCAUCGCGAUCCACGGCAUUCGGGAUCGCCUAUGGCCGGCUCGGAUUUCCACUGGCCACGGUCCACGGGGUGGUGGACGGUCAGCGGUUACGGUGGCUGGUGCCGCCUGAGCUGGUGGACUACGACGCGUAUCUGCCCGUGCUGGCCGACGGGCUGCGCGAACGACCCAUGCCUUUUGGGGCGUGCGCGACGUUCGGCCUGUGGGAACUGCUAGCUUUGGACUGCCCUGGUGACCGCGUUCUGUCUGCCUUGCCCAAGACUGUGUUCCCGAUCCGCCGGGCUCUGGACGUAGGCCCACGUGACUGGCCAACCACGGUGCGCGCGCUCAAGUCCCUCCAGAAGCUGUCUUCGGCCGGCCGCAAAGGCCUCGUUGGGCCGGCGAUGGUGCCCUAUUACCGACAGCUGUUGUCACCCAUCAACAGAUACCAGCACACCAGUGCUGGCGUGAUUGCCACUGACGGCCUGGACGCUAACGUCAUGUAUAACCUGUCCAACCUGUGCCAUGACACGCUAUGCGUGCUUGAGCGCACCGGCGGUGCUAACGCUUACAGCAGCAUCAAGUCUGUCGUACCGACAUACCAAAGCUGUAUCACAGUAGUUGGAUGCACAACCUCUGGUAGCCUAAACAGGAUCAAAGUCUGCAACAAGGCACUACAGUAA